CCGCCUCCCACUCCAACCAUCUCCCCUUGCUCUGCUUCCCCGGUCCCUUCCUCCCCAAGCUGCCUUGCGGCUGCAGCUCGCGCAGCCAACUCCUCUCGCCGCCGCCGCCACUCCUCCCCUAUAAAUCCUCCGCUUCGCCGUACUUCUCCUCAGACCACGACGCAAACCGUUGCCCACAACUCCGCCUCAUCCUCACCACGCUUGCUCAUCUUCUGCUAGCUUCUUGCUUGCAGUACCAAGCUAGAGUACACGACAGCGCAGUGCAGAGCAAGCCAUACAAGAAUCUACCUGCGGCCAUGUCCGCGCAAGUGGCGGCGCCGGUACCGGCCGCGGAGAAGGCUACGAUGGCGGCAGCGGCGGCGUGGCCGUACGUGGAGUACAUGGCGCGGUGGGAGCGGCAGGUGGAGCGGCGGCAGCUGUUCCUCCGGAGCUACCACUUCUCCCGCGACGCCGACCACCACCUCUCGCCGCGCGCGCGCACGCGCCGCGUCGUCUGGGCCGGGGCGCGCCGGCUGCGCCGGGCAGCGGCCACGGGGCUCCGCCGCCUCCGCGCGCGCAUCCGCCUCUGCUUCGGCUGGGCAGCACCCGCGCUCCGCCGCCGCUCCUCCUCCUCUCGCCGGGCCGGCCACAGGUUCCGCUACGGCCGCCUCCCGCGGUCCACCGCUGCGUCCGUCUGCUUCUGGUAGUGCCAGCCCUGGACGCCGCCGGCAUGGGUCGAGCAGAGCUACGAAGCCAACGCGGCAUCACUCGUUGCCUUGUUGGUUUCUGAGUUUAAGCUUAGCUACUUAAUUACUGCAUCAAAUUAAGAAGUUAGCAGUUGUUUGCUCACUGCCUUUGACGAGAGAUCACAGUUAGACGGGGUUCCCAGGCCUGAAGCUGGGUGUAAAAAGGAGUCAGAUUAAUCAGUAUUGACCAAAAGAAAAAUCGGCUGUGAUUAUUUCGUUCAAGAACAUGCAAGAAUUGUAUGUCAACUCUGUGAAAUUAGUCGGUAACCGGAACCAAAGCAACGUGUUGCGCAGCCAAUCAGGCAAUGCGACUCACAAGUAGUCCUUGUCACUGAAUUGUACGGACUACUCUGGGUUUCACUACAAGUGUACGUGCACUUCGGUGUUUUUAUUUUUCACUAAGUUGUAAUCGUAUUUCGGUGUACUCGAAUUUGUACGUAAUUCUCUAUGUUUUGUACGUAAGUGUAUUUAUGUUUUUACUGAGUUAUACUUCGAAAUACACUUUUGAACCCAUCUGCAUAUACUCGUGCUACCUUAAAAAACAA